AUGCACAAGCAAAGUUUUUAUAAUGGUCUCUUUCCUUCCCUCUUCAGUCAAGAUAUGAAUGAAGACAUGUCUAAUGUAACUAUCAUAACAGAUUUCCUGCUUCUGGGGUUUUCGGAUCAACAAGAGCUCCAGAUUUUACACUUUGUGGUCUUCUCAGCAAUGUACCUGGCUAUUCUCAUUGGAAAUCUUCUAAUUAUCAUUCUGGUAGCUCUAAACACCCACCUUCAGACCCCGAUGUAUUUCUUCCUUGUCAACUUAUCAAUCCUUGACCUUGGCUCCACCUCUACCACCAUUCCCAGAUCAAUAGCCAAUGCCCUCAUGAACACAACACAGAUUUCUUAUUCAGAAUGUAUGGCACAAAUCCUUUUCUUUCUCUUUUUCAUGUCAUCUGAUAUUUUCCUCCUCACCAUCAUGGCCUAUGACCGAUAUGUGGCCAUCUGCCACCCACUGCACUAUACAUCUGUGAUGAAGUGGGGAAAGUGCAUUCAGCUGGCAGGUGGGGCAUGGAUGGCAGGUUUCUUUAAUGCUGCUUUGCACACUGGUACUGUUUUUUCACUGCCUUUCUGCUCCAAUGUCAUCAAUCAGUUUUUUUGUGAAAUCCCACACCUCAUGAAGAUUUCCUGCUCUAAUUCAUACUCCAAUGAAGUUUGGGCUCUUCUCUUUAGUUCAGCCUUAGGUCUUGGUUGCUUUGUGUUCAUUGUCAUGUCCUAUGUGCAGAUCUUUACUGCAGUGCUGAGAAUGCCCUCCAUUGCAAACAGGCAGAAAGCCUUCUCUACUUGCAUUCCCCACAUCAUUGUUUUCUCUGUCUCACUCAGUACGGGUAUCUUUUCCUAUGUCAUGCCAACCUCCAGUCCUUCAUAUAAUUUGGAUGAAGUGCUUACUGUGAUAUACUCAGUGAUUCCUCCAAUGAUGAACCCAUUAAUCUACAGCAUGAGGAAUAAGGAUGUCAAAACUGCCUUUUGGAAACAGUUUUACUGGAAGCUUUCAAACAAGAAAACAAGUCCAUAG